AUGACAUUUAAGCGGUUAUACAAGGAGUUACAGAAGGAGUUAUCGAUAAUUAAUAGUAAGACGUACAAGACGCAUUGCGAGAAGGAGUUGAAGCAUCGUAAGACCAAGUUACAGUACCAGAAGUUCCAAGCGAUCAAAGAGAAGUUGCCUACGAAGCACAUUGAUGAGCAGCUUGCGAAGUUGGAAAGUGGGGAUGUGAAGGCUCCACGGAUCAAUAGUAGUAUAAUCAAGGAGAUCGUGGUGGAAAAAGAAGCCACCAGGAUGAAUUUGAAGCAUAUGGAAAAUAUCAAGAUAUUUUUGAAUUCGCAACGGGUGUACACAGAGUUGAUCGAGAGGUACAAUCCGGGAUUGACGAUGGACCAGGAGGAUAAGGUGAGGAGAACGGCCAACAGGGUUGGAUUGGCGGUUCCCGAAAAUUAG